CAAGAGCCCCCAGUCCCACCGCCGGGACAGCGCCAGCGGCCGGCUGAAGCGACGGCUCGCGCGGAUCCUCACGCGUUCCUCCUGCGCCACCAACGCCACGCCCGCCGGUUCGCGCACGGCCUUCGUCAGCCUCGCCAAGACCAACAACACCAGCGCCGCCGCCGACUCCUCUCACCCGGAGCCGGAAGCGCCGCCUUCCCCGUACUUCUGCACGCCUUGCAGCUACGAGCGGCCCAGGGUCCGCGGCGACAGCGACACCCGCUCGCGCCGCCGCAGCCGCAGCGCCUCGCUCGUACACAUCUCCGUGGACUGCACGGGCGGGGCCGGGGCCGGGGCCGCCUCCGGCCGCCACCCCGUCCACUCUGACGCGCCGCUUCUGCAGCACCUGUCGGUGCCGGCGAGGGACGUCGUCGUCACGAAGCAAAGCAAGGGCAGGAGCAGGGGCAAGCCGGUGGCGCGGUCUCCUUCGGCGUCGAGGCGACACUGCUCCUCGUCGUGGUCCUCCUCCUCCUGGGGCCGCGCGCGGCGGCCCAGCAGCUGCUUGCCCACGCCUUACAGCUGCUCGUCGUCGUCGUUGUCCUCCACCGGAACGGACGACGAGCUCGCGCCGUUCAGCGGCAGCGACGAGGAGGGCGGCGACGAGGCCGAGACGAUGACGCUCUUCUCGUCCGACUCCACGUCCGAGCUCUACCACCCCAACGGCGGCGGCAGAACCAGCAGCAGGAGGAGGAGUCAUCAUCACAGGAGCAGGAGGAGGAGGAGUCAUCAUCAAAGGAGGAGUCAUCAUCACAGGAGGAGUCACAGGAACAUAAGUCGCCGCGCGCCACGGCGUGCGCUGCCGAGAACCGGCGACCCGGCGCCGGCACCAUCCGACGCUCAUUUCCUGCCUCUGGUGUCCGUGGACACGGAGAAGCACAGGGAACGCGACAGCGUCAAGAAGCUGAUGACGACGGGCGCGGCGUCGGCGGGCAUGGCGGUGGUGAAGCGCUCGAGCAACCCCUACCUGGACUUCCGCAGCUCGAUGAUGGAGAUGGUGCUGGGGCGGCGCAUCGGCAGCGUGGGGAACAUGGAGGAGCUCCUGGGGUCGUACCUCUCGCUCAACUCGCCGCGCCACCACCCGGCCAUCCUUGCCGCCUUCGAGGACGUCUGGGAGGCCGUCUUCCGCGAGGACGAGGAGUGACUGUGAGCAACGACAGCGACUCAAAUCGUGAUGAUCAUUCAGAGUAUGGUUUGGACAGCUACGUAUAUGCCAAUGCCUCAAUUGUCAUGCAUGAUUUUAUUUGCCACUGAGAUACUGACUGUGGUACUAAUGUAUGUAACGGGUUCGAUAUUACAUGAUCAUAAUUGAGCGCCUGAGUUCUUAGG